UGAUGAGAACAGGUGAUAAGGAAUUUAAAUCGCGCUGUCUGUUUACUAUUCGUGCUCGAGUUUUGUCUUGAUAACCUUGAUAGUAAAGUAACUGGGGCAUAUUUUAUUAAUUUUUUCAAAAUGUCUGAUCUUACGGGAAAAGUUGCAUUGAUCACAGGUGCUUCUUCUGGGAUCGGAGCCGCUACUGCUGUGCACUUUGCUUCCCUGGGUUGUAAACUUGCUUUAACGGGCAGGAAUGCAGAAAAUUUAGAAAAAACAGCAACUGACACUGCAAAUGCAGGAGGAAAGGAGGCACAUAUUCUGAAAAUUGUAGGAGAUGUUUCAAAUGAAGAUGAUAGAAAUAAGAUAAUUCAAGCAACUAUUAAUUUUUUUGGGCAACUUGACAUUUUGGUCAAUAAUGCUGGAAUUUUGUAUCCUGGGACUAUAGAAAAUACAAACCUUGAGAGCUAUGACAAAAUAAUGGAUGUUAAUGUACGCUCCAUCCUUCGACUUACUCAAUUAGCUGUCCCUUAUUUAAAGGAAACAAAAGGAAGUAUUGUCAAUGUAUCAAGCAUUGCUGGAUUAAGAUCAUUUCCCAACAUUUUGGCAUAUUGUACUAGUAAAUCAGCUGUUGAUCAAAUAACAAGAUGUACAGCAUUAGAGCUUGCUGCUGAUGGUGUAAGAGUUAAUUCCGUAAACCCUGGAGUAAUAAUAACAGAAGUACAUAAAAGAGGAGGCAUGUCAGAAGAAAACUAUGCAAAAUUUUUAGAACAUGCGAAAGAAACUCAUGCAUUGGGAAGGCCAGGAACAGCUGAUGAAGUGGCAAAAGCAAUUGCAUUCUUAGCAGAUAACAACACGAGUUCCUUUAUAACUGGUGUCAAUUUGCCUGUUGAUGGUGGGAGAGGAGUAAUGUGUCCACGAUGAACUUAUAAGCUUUAUGAAUUUCCUGAAUGAGUGUCAAAGGCAUUUCUUUCAUUACAGUUUAUAAACUGUUAAUUUUUCUUUAAUAAUUAAAGAUUGUUUUUGUUGUUUUAUUAUCUUAAAUUAUCCAGUUCUAUACUUUCAUGAUUGAAAAAAUAAAAAAAUAUUUUU